AUGGGGAAUCUCAAAGACGAUCUGUCGCACGACCCGCCGUGCCAUCCACGAGCUUGUGCCAUCCAGAAUUGCUUGACCAAGAAUUCUUUCAAAGAGGAGAAAUGCCAGGCUCAGAUUGAUGCUCUCUACGAAUGCUGCAACGCCUUUUACCAGGCACAGGGAGACCAUGCAUCGACAGUGAGCUGCCCCAAGCCAGAGCUCCUACGGUUGAAGAUGUCACAACGGGCCCAAGCGGCCGAGAAGCAACAGCGACCAAAAGAGACAAACACGAAUCUCAUCUCAUUCCUUCAACAACAAUCACCCCGAGAGCUGGUCGGCAAGUCUUUUGCUGCCAUGGCUCCACUCACCAGGUCUGCCGCCUCAGGUGGCCCAACUCUGCGAUCUCAAACUCGGCUACCCAAGCAACCAGAAAUCAUCAACAUCGACGAGGAAAGUGAACUGAUGGAUGAAGAUGAGGAUGGCUACGGCAAUGGUGAGGAGCUAAGAGAUGGGAUGGUUGAAGACAUUGAGGGGAAUGAGAAUGACGAAGAGAUGGAUGAUGCGAAUGGCGACUCUUCGGAGGGAGUUCCCGCUUUUCCCAUCCUGGAGCCCAGCUUAAAAUCAGUGAUGAGCUCGACUCGCCAAGUCCCAGGUUCCCCCCAGCUGUUCACAGCCGCAGGCGCUCAGGAAGCUCUUCACCCGCUGCGCCGCACCGCCGACCGUGUCGUUCGCCAAAUUGAGGCCUUCGCCGACAAGUUGGACCAGUUCAAGCGCAAGAACAGCACGGACGAGUUUCAGCGAAUCCAAGCGGCCUACAGCCUUGUAGAGAGCUAUCGAGACUAUGCGCAGCACGCCAUCCAGGAUCUAGAGAAGCAGAAUACGUUGAAGCGAGCCAAGGCAGGGAAAAAGCAGAAUGGGGAGGAUUUGAUCGCUGGCGCGGGUGAUGAACAAGGCCGCAUUCAGAGCUUGAAGCUGGAGGCUGACACCUGGCGCUUGCUUCUCAACUUCAUCAGCAUUGACGACCCGGCCUCCCGCGCUAGCUUCAAGCAAGGACAGCAGACGGCUUUCCAGAAUCUUCACCGAUACUCUUCUGAUCGCGAAAUCUGGGAACAGUUCAUCGGCGCCGAUCAGUAUGCCUUGGAAUGCGUCCUUGCGAUGAGGUGGCUGGAGGAAACCGCCAAAGGGAACACCAGCGAACUCGACGCCAUGAUCGAACAAUCGUUAGAGCUCUCCGAACGGGGUCAAGGUCUGUGGUCCCACGGAUGGCUGUUCACCAAGGAGCAGAUCAAGGGGCACAAGCGACUUCGUGCCUGGCCGCAACCACUCGACCCGAAUGACCCGAGCGUGUCACGGGGACUAUUGAGUCGGAAUGACCAGCGGCCCCUCGUCACACAGCUGGACCCCGAUGCCCUCAUCCGCCAAAAUCAAAGCCUAGAGGCUCAGGAUGCAGAGUAUGAGAAAGCAACAUGGGCGACCUGCUGGAAGAUGCUCCGGCUCGGGGAGAACUGGUCGACAAUUCGAGAGUGGGCUGAGAGUCACCUGGAGAACUGGCGAGCCGUCAGCCUGUGUGGCUCUAGUGUUGACUCGAAGGCCGCGGCUGGCUCGAAUGCUCGCACCCCAAUCGACGAUGGCAUGACUCGCCUGAUGAACAGCAAUUCCCUUGAAUCUUGGCGUAUAGCUUGCGCCGCUUUGACCCGCAAUCCCAACACCUCCGAUUACGAACGUGCAGUGUACGCAUUGCUUUGCGGUGAAUCUGAGCCUGCCGCCGCAGCUUGCAAGACCUCCGACGACUUCCUCUACGUGUAUUUCAACCGCGUUGUCCUAUCACGUUAUUCAGGGUUCUGCAAGCAGUUCCAACGCAAGCUCAGCCGCUCCCCAACUACCCCAGUCGUGUUCCAGCCGGAGCCAGCUGGGCACGGCGAACUGCAGAAGUACCUCGAGUAUCUGCGUGGCCAUGCUGUUGUCGGCGAGCAGGCGCGUGAUCCGUUCCGCAGUCUCCAGGCCGCAAUCUUGAGCAAGAGCUACGACUCAUAUUUCUCUGUCCUUGCGCACGCCGUUUCCGAGGUCUUCGCUGCCGAACCAGAUCAAAUUCCAGUCGUGCCAACCCUAUCGCACGCACCAGUCGAUCCAUCAAUCAUUCGGGUCGCGGAAAACGAAGAUGCACUUAAGGUUGCUAGUCACGUCUAUCUAGUCACCCAUUCAAUCGGCUACACCGCUAUCGAUGACCAGGUAUUUGAGACCGCAUCUGUCCUUGUGGCUGGAUACAUCGCGAUCUUGCAGGAGCAGGGCCUCUUUGAUUUGAUCCCUCUUUACGCGUCGCUUUUACCGCCGAGCAUGUGCUAUGAGGUGGUUCCCAAGAUUCUGGUGGAUAUCAAAGACCCACGGGAUAGGAAACAAUUCAUCCGACUGAUGCAGAAACAUGGAAUUGAUGUCGAUGCUGUCUUGCAUGCUCACUGGGUCUGGCUUAGCAGCCAAGUCCCUAGUAUUGAGCAUUCGAAUAACACGCUGGGAUAUUCACGGGUAGUCCACCGCCCAGACGGUACUCGAGUUCUAGUGCCCCCGAAAAAGGAUUUGGAAGGAACUGCGAUUUCGUGGCUGGACGACCAGUUAAUUUCUAAUGUGGAAUGGCUACGCGCCUUGGGCGGCCAAUGGUCCAAACUCUCCCAAAUUGGAGCCUGGCUGUACCGGAAGUUCUUUGUCGCCGGCAAUGUCGCUGCUGCUCGCGAGAUGAGCCGCCGCAUCAUGCUGUCAACCACAUCCCAGGAAUCCUUCGGCAUUGAUAUCUUCGAAUUUCCUUCGGUGGAACCACUGUUGCCAGAGAAGGAUAAUUCCGUUCCAUCAAGCCCGAGCAAAUCCAAGAGGAAUAGCCUUCACCGCCGCAGUCUCUCGAGCAGUAACGGGGUCGUCAGCCACGAGGAAGCCUUCCAGCAAGCGUUCCGCAUGUACAAUCUCGAAACAUUGGCUCUGGCCUUUGAUUCACUGGAGAAAUUCGCUCAUGUCUAUGACCGGAUGUCGAAAACCAAACGCCGUCGAGACUCUGGAUCCGUCAAGGACGAUUUGCAAGACCUGACUGCGCUCCUUGAGGAAAUUGAAUCCCAUGUCGGUCUGGUAGUGGAAGAAUGGCUACCCAAGUCGGAUGAUGAAGCUGAGGAGCAUGAUCUGGCCUACAUUCGGCGGACAUACGUUCCCGACCUCUUCCUGGACUAUCACAACGUUCUCUAUUAUGCCAGUCACGCUCUCGACGAACCCAAUCUCUUAGCACAGUGCAUGACAGUGUCCAUUUGGGUGGCUCAUACCCCGCACAUUACCCGCAGCUUCACUGAGGCGAAGCGAAUGUCAGAGAUGGUAGAUGCAUUAGCUCUGGCCAGUAAGGCGAUGGUGCUCACCGACCCGAAGCACGACCACGUGUUUGACGAUGGGCGCACAUUGGGCAUCUGGAGGGUCAGUGCGGAGGAGGGAGAGGCUGAUUCGCAGUAG